AUGCCCCGUUUUUGGAUUAAGAAAACGAAACGAAUAGUUCCACCUUCUGACGUGAUGAAAGCCGCAGUGGAAGAAGUUCUUGGAGGAGCUAAAUUACGCGCAACUGCAAGGAAAUAUGACAUAGACAAACAAACGCUGAGCAGAUAUGUGAAAAAAAGGAAUUUGGAUGCCCCUGCUGAAAACAUUACUUAUUCACCUGAUUUUAAAACUGCGUUACCCAUAAAGAAGACGCUAGUCUAUCGGAUUAUCUAG